CACCAUGUUUGAAGUUUGCAGCGCUCGCUAUCUGAACAUGAAGAUAACACCUAAUGAUUUGUACGGAGCGGAAUGUGAUUCAAAUCGUUCAAAGCUGGAAGUUAGUAAAAUUGAUAUACUAUGUUGACCUUUAUCCCGCUAUAUAAAUUUGUUUUAUAAAAAAGAUCGCGAUACCAUCUUCACCUGUAUUAAUCUCAUUUAACGUUCUUUCACGAUGCCCGCGCUGGUGAAAUACACACAAGCUGCUUAAUAUAGACUGGUGGUCGACCUAACACAUGUCAUAAUAGGACACUAUUAAAAUAAAAGUAAAAUAAACAGAGAGCCAAAAUGACGGAAAUGGAUAGGUUAAUUAGCCUGGACAAGAGUAUUAGUGGGCAUCCACCGCAGGAACGCGGAACUUUUGAAAGGAUAUUUCGACCAAUGGCAGCGAAGUUUGUAGGAGUGGCACUGUUUGUGUUUGUUGGGUGUUGCGCGUUGAACAGCGGCGACUUGGUUGGGGCGGCCUUGGGACACGGGCUGACGAUCGCGCUGCUUAUUGUCGGAUUUGGUGCAAUCAGUGGUGGACAUUUUAAUCCGGCUGUUACCGUCGGCGUUAUCAUGGGAGGGGGACUUCCGGUGUACCUGCUCCCGAGUAACAUUAUAGCCCAGCUAGGUGGGGGAAUGCUUGGUGCAUCCAUUGUCCGGGCCACAUUACCAUCUGAAGUUUACGCAAAAAUAGGCGGCGGGACACAUCAGCUCGGGAAAGACGUCAACGCAGGGUGGGGCUUCCUGAUCGAGGUCGUCUUGACCACGGUGCUUGUUCUAACUGUGCUUAUGGCGGCAGUGAAUAACCAGACAAAGUCCAAGCUGGCCCCUCUUGCAAUCGGAUUUGCCGUCAGUGUCGACAUUAUGGCCGGCGGUCCUCUAACCGGUGCUUCGAUGAAUCCAGCUCGUGCAUUCGGUCCAGCCGUCGUUGCUAGCUCCGUUGUGGAUAAUGCCUGGAGAUAUCACUACAUCUAUUGGUUGGGACCCCUCUGCGGAGCACUCCUUGCCGCUCUACUUUUUAGAUUUAUCUUCUUGAGCCCCAAUAUUCGAUGGAUCUCGAGACGAGAAACGUCCUUACAAGCUGAAGGCAACAACUGACUACAAAUAAUACCGACAGGUUAUUGUGUUUGGUAGAUGCUAUAAGCACGAUUAUAGCAGACACUUUACGUUGAACCUGUUAAAGUUACCUAUGCAAAAUACUGCUUUUAUGAAAUUAUGUGCGUUUUUAAGCAGUAUAUUAGUUGUAUUUACCCAUUUUACAUGCAACAUGUUUGUUAAUUUAUAAUAUAAAAUUUUAUUUCACUACGUGCAGACAUAUACAAGAUAUUCGUGACACAUUUUGUUAAAGGAGACUGAACGGUGAAAACGUCUGAUCAUCUCUCUAAUUAAGAGAUUGUAUUGUAUAUUGAAAGUGUUUUUAUAUGUGUAUGCUGUGAAAACCAUUUUAAUUGAUGCUUGAUUUGAUCAAUACAGUCGUAACUUAAA